AAGAACAUAUGAUUAACAUAACCUUUGGUUGAAAGAGAAAGACCUUUUUUCUAUCAAAUUAAAUUAAAUUUUUUUUACACAAUAAAUCGAUUUGUAUAUAUCAUGAUGUCUCUCACAUAGAUCAUUGAUACAAUUAUUUACAACAGAUUAAUAUUUUCUAUAAAUAUAGAUUUAAUUAUCGAUAUAAAUUAUAUAUGAACAAAAUAAAAUAAUGAACGAACAAGAAGAACUUAUUUGUGUACCGGGUCAAAGAUUAUGUGUAUCUGAUAAAGUUAAUAUAGCCGGAUCUGGGACAUACGAGCAGCAGGGUUAUAUUUAUUCGAAGCUUGCUGGCAUUGUGAAAUUAAUAACAAACGAAAAAACUCGUACAAUUGAGGUACACGGUAUAACAGAGCAGAGUAUCGUUCCUGCACCAGGGGAUAUUGUGACAGCUGUAGUCACUAUAGUUAAUCAGAGAUUUUGUAAAUGUAGCAUCAAGUGUAUAGGUGACAUAGUAUUGACGAGACCUUAUAGAGGGAUAUUAAGAAAAGAAGAUGUUCGAGCAAUUGACAAAGAUAGACUAGAAAUGUAUAAAUGCUAUCGACCUGGAGAUAUUAUUCUUGCAAGAGUUAUGCCAAUGACAGAAGCACAUACUUAUCAAUUGAGUACUGCGGAAAAUGAGCUAGGAGUUGUUAUAGCACAUAGUGAAGAAGAUAUUCGACAAAUGAUGCAUGGAUUCGGCGAUAGUAGUGAACCGUUGUUUGAAUCUGCUAAGAUUAUAGAGGAUGUUGUGCUGCAACAAAUGAGAGCUAUUGUCGGUAGAGCGUGCGAAAUUGCCGAUAGACGAGCCGGUUCGAAGAAGAAUAAUAUCAUUAACGGAGAGGACUUUAUUUUCUUAUUGCGUAAAGACAAGAUUAAACUUCAGCGUCUUCUGAAAUAUCUUGAUCUCAAAGACUUGGGAGGCUCAGUUCAAAAAGCUAUGAUGAACGAUACUCCACAAAGUAUUGUAGAUUCUGAACAAUUGGACAAUACCAAGAAGAAAGUGCCAUUUCAAGCUUUUCUAGAACAGAUUGACAACACAGGUGAACUUCUUGAAAAUUCAUCCACUAUGGAUGAGAUUAAGCGACGUAGGUGCAUUCGUGCGGAUAUCGCGACAAGGUCCAUGGAUGAAAUGCGUUACAUAAAAUAUAGCAAGGCACGUCGUGUGUCCUUUGUGAACAAGAAUCGUCAUAAAUUCAGCGAUUGGGUUGGCUUAGAUGGUGAUAUCACUUUGUCAAAACAAGCAUACACAAUCUUAAGUUAUCUUGCAUAUGAAACAGUUGCUCAAAUUAUUGAUUUCACUUUCUUAGUCCGACAAGAUCAAAUUAAAAUGCAUGGCGAUGCCAUAGAUCGACAACGACUCAAUUAUGUUAAUCCAUUUACAUACAAACCGUAUUAUCAUGGCAAGAAUGUCGUAACAAAACCAUUUACUCCUUCAGAGAUAAAUGAAGCACUUAGGAGAUAUUGGUCUCCGCAGCUAGAUAUGACAGGUCCCUUUAACAGAUGGUCCAUGAGAAGAUCGAAUUUAAAACUCUUUUCAUUGUAAAUGUAAAGGUGAGGAAAGAAGCUAAAAUAACAUUUUAAAAUAUGAAAAAAUGAAAGAAUA